AUGCGCAACACCGUCUCCGCCAAUCUCGCCAUGUCAGGGUUGCCCUGGAUUCCUGAGGAUGUGCUGUGCCCUCUGGGCGUCGGGCACACAACGAUGGCAGGCUUGUAUGAUGGUACGGAGCUGAUUCCUUUACGGGAUCUAGAUGAGGAAGAGGAGGAUGAGCUGGCGUGGCUCCAAGGAGAGGCUGUGGUUGAGGAGGACGAGGGGGAAGGAGGGGAUGGGGAUGGGGAUGAUGCGGAGGGAAACGAUGAUGCGGAUGGCGAAGGAGGGGUAGACGGGGCAGUAGGCUCUGAGGAGAGCUCAGACGAGAGCUCAGAUCAGGCGGGCACUCUAAAUCCAUACAGACGGCCUCCCCUCUUGGGGGAGGAGGAGGUGUGA